AAAACUGCUACUGCUGUUGCCCACUGUAAGCGUGGUCGUGGUCUUAUCCGUAUUAACGGCUCUCCUCUCGAACUUCUCGAACCUGAGAUCCUCAAAUUCAAGGUCUAUGAAGUUAUCCUUCUUUUGGGUGAAGAGCGUUUCUCUAAUGUUGACAUCAGAAUUCGUGUAAACGGUGGUGGUCACACCUCUCAAGUUUAUGCUAUUCGUCAAGCUCUUGCUAAGGCUAUUGUUGCUUUCUAUCAAAAGUUUGUUGAUGAGGCUGCUAAGAAGGAAAUUAAGGAAAUCCUUGUUCAAUAUGAUCGUACUUUACUUGUUGCUGAUCCUCGUCGUUGUGAACCCAAGAAGUUUGGCGGUCCAGGUGCUCGUGCCCGUUACCAAAAGUCUUACCGUUAA